UGCUGCUAGUUGUCGAACCGCAAACGGAGGUUAAGAUAUCCUUUACAUAUAGAUGGACACCAUCACAAGCAUUCGAAAUAAAACUGUGCGCCGACUGCGAACUCAGGUGUUGGAUCGCCUGGAUGCUGACUUUGCCUUCACAACAUUUAUGGAGGGAGAUACGGACGAGACGAUGACAGAAGAAAGGGCUGAAAGAAUAAUUAACUUAAUACCYGAAGGUAACUACCGGUUGGAGCUAACGUUCAUAAAGUAUUUAGACGGCGAGUGGAUGAUAGAAAAGGGGCGCAAUCCUAUCAGGGCGUCUGGUAAGAAGGACCUGUUUGUCUUAAACGAAAACACACGCCCCGGAGCAUUGGUAGGAAUAGACAUGCUGUUUUACGAGGUUGCUUACCCGGUUACCGUAGUCAUUUACGGUGCGUACGAGAUAAAGACGCCAGACGUUAAGAAGUUGAAACCGAUGCGACAUCCCGGUAACUGCGUAGGGAAGUUAGUAAGAGAGUUCUUUGAAGACUCCUCUCGGGGCGGUAAACUG